AUGAUCCUGCACCGAUGUUGGCCUCGGCUGCAGCUUCCGGUCUUCUUGCAGUCGAGAGCGGCGUCGACUGCCGCUUCUCCCACUUCAAACCUCCGAAACUUGGCUGUCGUCGCACAUAUCGACUCCGGAAAGACUACCCUUACAGAGUCUAUUCUGUACCGCUCGGACUACCUCAAGGCCUCGGGUACAGUCGACACCGGCAGCACGGUCACCGACUUUCUGCCCGCCGAACGCGCUCGCGGCAUCACCAUCCAGUCGGCCAGCGUUCCGGUCCAUUGGAAAGACUACCAUAUAAACCUAAUCGACACGCCCGGACACGCCGACUUUGGGAUGGAGGUCGAGAGCGCGAGUAGAGUCGUGGACGGUGCCAUCAUCGUCCUCGACUCGGUUGAAGGAGUCGAAGCCCAGACCAAAGGCGUGUGGCAACAGUUGAAUAGAUACGCCGUACCGACACGCAUGAUGUUCAUGAACAAGAUGGACCGUCCUGGCUCUUCAUAUCACUCGUCUAUGCUGUCGCUUUUGGCACACCGCAUACACCCCAAUCCGAUGGCCGUCACGCUUCCUAUAGCCUCAUUUGACUCGAAGGACUACAGGCUUGCGGAGCCCGGUAUUCAGGGGCUAGUGGACCUCAUCAAAUGGGAGGUGUGGCGCUGGCAUGCGGAUACAGACAGACCGAUUCGAACGCCUCUUCCUCGAUCGGACGGCGACCUACAGGGACAGCAUGUAUUGCCGUCCGACCAUCCUCUACUCCCACACUUACUUCAGGCCCGGGUGGCGCUGCUUGAGAACUUGUCUAUGUUCUCCGAACCGUUGAUGGAACAGCUACUCGAUCUACCUACAAAUCCAUCCGCAAAUCUUGCUGUUUCUGCACCGGCGGUGAUCAGUCAUUUACGAGACGCAGUACUUCGGUCCGACGUACUGCCCAUAUUCUGCGGUGCAGCUGUCAGCCACAUUGGGACAGAGAUUCUGCUGGACUAUGCGGGUCACCUGCUGGCCAGCCCUUUGGAUGUUGCUUCUCACAAGCACAAUAACCCCGAUCUCGUACAACUGUUGGCCUGGAAGGUCGCGUGGGAUAGUAAGAAGGGUUGGAUGACAUUCGUGCGCGUCUAUUCGGGAACCCUCCGACGACAGACCACACUCAACAACACCACUCGUAAUGUCAAAGAACGGAUAUCCAAGGUUCAACUCCUUUACGCCAACGAGGCCGUCGACGUCGAUGAACUACCAUACGGUUCCGUCGGUGUCAUUCUGGGUCUGAAGCACACGAAAACUGGAGACACGCUGUCCUCCACGGCACAUGGGAGGAAUGCGCAUGUCGAGAUUUCGGCGCUACCAAACAUUGUCCCACCUCCGGCUGUGAUGACUUCAGCCAUCAUCCCACAGUCCCACGCCGAUCUCGCCCCUGUGGAAGAGGCUCUCAACUCACUGACACGGACCGACCCCUCUGUACGUGUAGAAACGCACGAAGGCCAACUUCUUGUGCACGGCCUCGGUGCAUUGCAUCUGGAGAUAGUAGCCGGGCGCCUCAAGGACGAAUGGAAGACAAAUUUUGAGCUCGGUCGACGCUACGUUUCUUUCCGUGAGGGCUUAGGGCAUCGAGAGCCCUCGGACGUCCCGGUUUCAUGGAGCACAAAUGCAGGAGGUGGCGUUGUAACAGCGAACGUUGAGUUCAAGGUGAACGCUUUAGACGAGAGCGACUCCGGAGACCUCGCGUGGGGUGGCAACCGAGUGUUCGGCCCCGAUGGCAAUGCGCUCGCAGGCCCCGAAAGCGCAUACGCUCAGGCGGAUCCAGUGGGCCACAUCGCCCGCGGCAUCGCUGCGGCCCUGUCGAACUCGCCAACCACUUCCUUGCAGCUCUCGAAAAUAUGCGUCAGAUUAUCUUCACAUAACUUGACUCCCGGGGCCCCUUUGACCGUGCUCACGGGUGCGAGCGCCUUCGUCCUCCGCGAGCAGUUCAAGGCUCGCGGGCCGGGGCCCAUCAUGGAGCCUUUCAUUCAGCUCAAUAUCUCCGCGACGGAGGAUACCGUCGGGCGAAUCGUCAAAGACCUCACAGAGCACGGCGGUGAGGUCCUGGACCUCGCUGGUUCGAGCACUGGCGCCGAAGACUCCGAUCCAUACCCUCAAGACGGUGUAUACAUCCCACCCGCAUGGUUAUCCCCAUCUGCCAUGGACUCUGGGAGUGAUGCGGGUACAGCUCGCCAGCGCCGCAAUAUCUCAGCGGUCGCCCCGCUCAGUCAAAUGCUCGACUACUCCGUCCGCUUGCGCGCUCUCUCAGGCGGUCAUAGUCAAUUCGAUAUGACACCUGCGGGCUUCCGGACCGUGAGUGAAGCGCGGAAGAUGGAUAUUCUAAAAGAGAUCGGCCGUGCUUAG